AUGUCAAGGACUUAAAAUGACGAUGAUAGACCUGCAAUUCCUUUGCCCUAGGCUACUGAUUAAAAGAGACAAGAAAAACUAGCAUAUGAAAGGUAGAUGGCUAAAAUUACUUUGCUAAAAUAAGCAGAGUAGAAAAAUUUACAUCUUGUAAAAUGUAACUUGAUGUAGGUAGGCUAAAUUAUAUGAGAUGGCAGCAGAGAAUAUAGAGAAUGGAAUCUAAGUAAAGAAGGAAUUGUAGGAAUUAGCAGAGGAGGCUAAAUAAAUAAAGGAUGAAACUAUGAAAAAAAGGAAGCAGCAAAUUGAAUAAAUAAAAAAAGGUGAGAAGGAGUUCAUACAAAAACGGAAGUUAGCAUAGAAAUUGGGGUAUAUUAUGGCAAUGAGUGAUUUUAGAGAUUCAAUGAGAUAAUCAUAAGUAAAAGAAUACAAGAGUACAAUGAAAAUGUCAUUAAGUAGAGCGAGGGAUUGCAUACUUCAGGAGAACCAAAAGAUUAGGGAAGUAUUGUAUUAGGAAGAGAAGGAGAGGAAGAAAAAGAAGGAGGAGACCAAGAAAUUGGAUGAGAUGAAGUCUUAAUAAUUUUAUAAGGAGAGAGUUUCUUAUGAGAAAAUGAUUGAGGAGAAACUGAAAAAGACAAGGGAGAAAUUAUUAAAGGAUGAGGAGACUUUGAAAGUUCGUUUAAAGGUAUGAUUGGGUAGAUUAAUUAGUAAACUUAAGAUAUGCUGAGUAAAUCUCAAAACAAGUUUAUGGAACUUCAAUCUUGGAGUGGACAGAAGAGAUGAG